GAGCGCGCCUGCAGGUUUUGAGUUGUUCACCCCAGGCCCGACCCCUCAAGUCCUCCGGGGACAGGGCGCCAGGGCCUCGGGGGCGGGGCGACACGAGGGGCGGGGUCAGAGGCAAGGUUGGGAUUUCGGGGGCGGGGCGCCAAAGGCAAGGGGCGGGGCAAGGGCGGAAGCGGCGCCAGGGUCAGUGUUACGGGGGCGGAGCCUCAGGGCGCAGCGGGAGGACUCGCGGCCCCUGCCGGGACCGGGAGGGGCGGGGCGGAGGGGAAAAGCCUGGGGAGAAGAGUCGGGUCCCACCUUGGGCCCGGGGUCCCCGAUCCAGUUUUGCCCGCGGCCUGGAGCGAUCGGAGCGCAGCGGCCCGGCCGGCACCCACGCCCAUCGGAGCGCCCAGAGCCUGCGGGCCCCGGCGUCGAGCUCAGCGGCGUCCGACUCCGGCGCGUCUCUAGCCGCCAUGGCCGCGGCCGCGGCCGCGGGCCUGCGGGCCUUGGGAGCGAAGGGGUCGGGGUGGCUCCGGCGCGGUCCGUGGGCUCUGCUCACCACUGGCUUCUGCAGCGGGGGGCCGGCCGGGAUCGGGCGGCCGGAGCCGGGGCCGCGACCCACCAUCGCGCGGCAACGGGACGGCAUCAGGAGCAUUGUCUUGAGUGAUCCAAAGAGAAGAAAUGCGCUGUCUUUGGCCAUGCUGAAAUCUCUCCAAAGCGACAUCCUUCAUGAAGCUGAAAGCCAAGAUCUGAAGGUCAUUAUCAUUUCAGCUGAAGGGCCUGUAUUUUCUUCUGGACAUGAUUUAAAGGAACUGACGGAUGAACAAGGCCCAGAUUAUCAUGCAGAAGUAUUUCGAACUUGUUCUGAGGUCAUGAUGCUGAUCCAGAACCACCCAGUCCCCAUCAUCGCCAUGGUGAAUGGCCUGGCCACCGCAGGUGGGUGUCAGCUGGUUGCCAGCUGUGACAUUGCCGUGGCAAGUGACAAGUCCUCCUUUGCCACGCCGGGCGUGAACAUAGGGCUCUUCUGUUCCACCCCCGCAGUGGCCUUGGGGAGAGCAGUGCCGAGAAAGGUGGCCUUAGAGAUGCUCUUCACUGGGGAGCCCAUCUCUGCCCAAGAGGCCCUGCUCCACGGGCUGCUGAGCAGGGUGGUGCCCGAGGAGCGGCUGGAGGAGGAGACCAUGAGGAUCGCGAGGAAGGUGGCCUCACUGAGCCGGUCGGUGCUGUCACUGGGCAAAGCUGCCUUCUACCGGCAGCUGGCCCAGGACCUCAGGACUGCCUACCACCUCACCUCCCAGACCAUGGUGGACAACCUGGGCCUGCCGGAUGGCCAGGAGGGGGUCAAGGCCUUCCUCCAGAAGAGGAAGCCCGUCUGGUCACACUGAGCAGCCUCAUCAGAGGAACCGGGGGCCGUGAGCCCAGUGGGCAGUGCUCAGGACCCCACCACCCCACGCCCAGCCUUCCAACCCCCAACACCGCCGCUGCCUUGCGACUGCAGCUGUCAGUCUGCUUUCCCAGCAUUGGUG